UUAAAUCGGCUGAACGAAGAAGAAUUACGAUCGAACGGCUGAGAUUUCUUCGUUCCAAUCUCUCAGUGCUCAGCUAUGGCGAUCCGUUACGCGAGCAAGGAACCUCGAGCCGAGCAAGACGACGACGUUUAGGAUGGCGGUUAACUGCCGGCACCGGCUUGAGUCGAGGAUGGAUCCUUAAUACUUCGGGAACGCGAUACAGAGCAUACCAACGAUGGCGACUGCGGGAGAUCUGCUAGCAAACGAUCUCCGAUGGUCUGCCGAUCAACUUCACAGGAACGUGGUGGCGCACGACGACGCGACGGUCCGUCGGGGAAUAGCCGAUUGGGAGAGCAAUCCGAGGCUGUUCCCUCUGGGAAAUGCAGACGGUGAGAUGGGGAGCUCGCCGAGAUUCCCAAUGUACGACAACGAUUUCGGAUGGGGAAAGCCGUUAGCGGUGAGGAGCGGAGGAGCGAACAAAUUCGACGGGAAAAUAUCGGCGUUUCCAGGAAAAGAAAAACUCGCGGUCGAGGAGAGGAACAUCUUUGCCGGGAGAGAGAACGUCGGAGACGAUGACGUGUUUGGCGGAAGCGGCGACAAAAUCAGCUCCGGCGUCGUUGCAGGUGAUGUAAAUGUGACCGGCGGGGCUGGUGUAGAAACGGCCGGCUAAAGGAGGGAAGAGGGAGAGAGCUGAGGAAAGAGAACGGCGGAGAGAAGAGACAAGGUCGUCGAAGGAGAAGGAAGGAGGAGGGGUGGCGAGGAGCACAGCUUUUUGAAUGUUGUGACAUGAGAGCAUAGGAAGAUCAGAGACUGAGAGACGGAGAUCGGCCACGGAAAGGAAGUGAAAAGGGCACCGCAAAAACUUCGAAGCCGUUGGUUAAAGGCUUUGUGCAUGAUAACGAUGAUGAAGUCAUGAAAAUCACAAAGGUCUUGAAGAACAAAAGGGGAGGUGACCCUCUAUUCAGCGAAAUUCAUAUGUCGCUGUUGGAUCAAGCGGGGAUGACCUACACACCAUGGCUGAGCCAUUGCCAAGGGUUAAAAAAAUGAGUGGCCAGGUCAGUUAUCGUGAUCAAGCCAAGCUUCAUGAGCUUCAAGUCAUGUUUGUAGGGGAACCAAAACGUAGAACCCAGUACUCUACAAUUCUUGGUGCUUACUUUAGUGGUUUCAGGGAAGCCAAUAAGCUUCUCAAGCAUUAAAGUGUAGUUUUUGAGUGUUCGUUUUUAAGAUAUGUUUUCAGGUCAAUGUGUUUAGAGAAGCUUGGUUAGUUUUGUA